AUGGCUGGCCGACGGCGCUUUUGCUCCCGCGGGGGAGUAGAAGAAGACACUGCUUCUAUCGGCAAGUCGAUCGCGCAGCAUUGCCAUACUUUCAAGCGUAGAUCCACCAGGACCUCACCUAGGAAUGGCAAUACUAGCACGAAAGAGUCCAUGACAGACAAGCCGCAGAAGAAGGUUCGCAAGGCAUGUGUGAGAUGCAGAAUGAAGAAGACCAAGUGCGAUGGUAGAAUCCCUUGCAGAAGGUGCAAGGACGAUCAGAAGAUUUGCACAGCCAGCGCCAGGAGAACGGUUACCUUUAAACAGACUCCGAAAGGAUACGCCGAGGUACUGGAGCAGUCCCAGUAUAUCUUGAUAGAAACUGUUUGCAAGCUGUACGGCAUGGUCAGGAACUCGCAGCCUUGGAAGUUGGCUGAGCCCCAGAUCAAUGAACACGGCCAACCCGUCGCCCAACAUGUCGCGCAGAUCCUGGGCUGUGUUCCACCCAACAGCGAGAUUGAUCUCCCAGUCCAGUCCGUCUUCCCUGAAGAUAUGGACAGUAUGGAGGAGCUGUAUCGCGAGCUGGAAGAACAUGAGAGAUCUGAAGCUGCAUCAACGCCCAACCUUGCAAGAGACAAGGAAUCGGCUUGCGAUGAAACUGCGAUAUCGGAAUCGCAAGACUCGGAUAUUGAACUUCCCUAUUAUGGGGCCGAUUUCGGCACACAGAGCGCCAUGAAUCUACCGCUGCAGAGUCUUAGCACGGGGAGUGAUGAUCUGGAUUUUGAGGGCGCUGCAGCCGCCGACAUGUACGGAAAUGCACUGUUUCCCGAUACUCCCCUCUCACCCUUCACAUGGUCCAGCUACAAUGCCGGGUACAACGACUUGACAAUGUGUCUCCUGCAAAAGGUGGGCGCAAUGCAGAGCAAUGGUAUGCUCCAACAGGGUCGGUUGGGCCCUGGCUUUAAUGGCAUUGAGCCGUACAUCAUGUCUGACGAUAUGGGAAGGGGAUAUAGAGGGAGACAAUGAGCC